GAUUGCAAACCGUCGAAAAAUAUAUACAUAUUCACAAAAUGAACGCGCUCUACUUAUGACGUAAUUGGCAUUGCGAAGUCUUCCAAUCGGCACCAAGACUGAACCUGUGAUAGCCGGAGCCACACCCGCUGAGUACAGGGGUGUCUGACAAUAACCCGGCGGAUCCAAUAUAUGGAGAGGAACUCACCUUUUACAAGGACAUUCUCUUAAAGUAGGGGUGGUCCAUGCCCCACGCGGCGCCCCCAGCCUCCGCCAUGUCGGCCCCGCCGCGCCACCCUCACUUCUAUACCGUGGAGGUCGGCGACACUCGUUUCACCAUACUCAAGCGCUACCAGAACCUGAAGCCCAUCGGCUCCGGCGCCCAGGGUAUCGUUUGCGCCGCUUACGAUACCGUCACACAGCAGAACGUCGCAAUAAAGAAGCUUUCGCGGCCGUUCCAGAAUGUGACGCAUGCAAAACGCGCGUAUCGCGAAUUCAAAUUGAUGAAGCUCGUCAAUCAUAAAAAUAUAAUCGGCCUGCUAAACGCGUUCACGCCACAGCGGAGCCUCGAGGAGUUCCAGGACGUGUACCUGGUGAUGGAGCUGAUGGACGCCAAUCUCUGCCAGGUGAUCCAGAUGGACCUGGACCACGAGCGGAUGAGCUAUCUGCUCUAUCAGAUGCUAUGCGGUAUCAAACACUUGCAUCUCGCUGGGAUUAUACACCGGGAUCUGAAGCCGUCCAACAUAGUGGUGAAGAGUGAUUGCACGCUGAAGAUCCUGGACUUCGGCCUGGCGCGCACCGCCGGCACCACCUUCAUGAUGACUCCCUACGUCGUCACCAGAUACUACCGCGCGCCAGAGGUAAUCCUGGGCAUGGGCUACACUGAGAACGUGGACAUCUGGUCGGUCGGCUGCAUCAUGGGCGAGAUGAUCCGCGGCGGGGUACUCUUCCCGGGAACUGACCACAUCGACCAGUGGAACAAAAUUAUAGAGCAACUGGGCACGCCGUCGGCGGCGUUCAUGGCGCGGCUGCAGCCGACGGUGCGCAACUACGUGGAGAACAGGCCGCGCUACGCCGGGUACUCCUUCGAGAGGCUGUUCCCGGACGUGCUGUUCCCCUCCGACAGCAACGAGCACAACCGCCUCAAGGCAUCACAGGCGCGCGACCUGCUGUCCCGCAUGCUGGUCAUCGACCCCGAGCGGCGCAUCUCCGUCGACGACGCGCUGCUGCACCCAUACAUCAACGUCUGGUACGACGAGGGAGAGGUCAACGCGCCGGCGCCGGCCGCGUACGAUCACUCGGUGGAUGAACGCGAGCACACCGUCGAGCAGUGGAAGCAGCUCAUCUACCAGGAGGUGGUGGAGUACGCAGCGCCGCCCCCGCCGCCGCCGCACCAGCCGCCGCCCGACCACGCGCAGCCCGCGCUCACCACAUAGGUUACGACCGAGCUCACCGCCGAGAUAUAAUCGUCUGUAUACAUAUGUAUAACAAGGACUAUUAUCGCAUGAAUGUCUGGGCCGCCAGCACGCGGCCACUCGGCGGCAAGCUAUCUGUGAACCCAACUGAUGUAAAUAUUUGUCAGAUGUUGAUUAUGUGCAAUACAAACAGACGGAAACAAGUGCAAACUAAAUAAACUGAUUCGACUCGUUCAGUCACAUAUAAAGAGUGGAUGUCUCAAAUAUAGGCAGCUUAUCAAAAUAUAUUUAGCGUAGAGGAUUUGUACUCCACUAAGUAUCGAUUUGUUUUGUUUGUAAACGGUUGUCAGGCCUGUUUCAUGUAGUUUCCUUAUUCUAAUGAUAAUGUAGGGUAAGAUCUGAAUUUGUUUGCUUUCGUCUGAGCUCGACGUUUGGUUCCUAUACCCCCACCCGGUUUUGGAUGUCAACAGUUAAUUUGCAUCAAGCAGUGCCUUUUGCGGAAUACCUACUGAAUAAUAUUGGUGAUUUCGGCUCACGGACUGACUUUGAUAUUUUUGUAGAAAAAAAAUGGCGGUAAUGUAAUUUUCUACCAUAUUUUUGUCUAUGGACCUUUAUUUGUGUGUAUUUCCGGUUUCGAGCUGUACGAAUGUGAGUUGAGGGCUGCCUAUGUAAAAUGAACUUUAUUAUUACAUGUUUAAAGGUGGAUUUCACAUUUCUCCAUUAUAAAUUAAUCGAGAAACUGUAGAUUCAUCAAUUCACAUUCGUGUUUCUCGUGCACCGGUAUAUUUUGUCGAUACUUUUACACCACAAAACUAAAUAUUACUUGUCUAAAUGUAGGUUAUCCUUUUCUAUUGUAUUUGAAAAAAAGGGAUAGCGUCAAAUACAUAGUGCGAGAUUAGUUCGGUCGUGUAUCAGAAUUGGCGCCAAAAUGUAAUACAUUAAAUUACAUUUGUUAAUAAAAAGUUGAGCUUAUCGAUAUGUUUUUGAUCGUGAUUUUUAAUUUUAUGAGUAUUGUUAUAAUUAAUAUGAAUAAUCACAAUUGCAAUGUUCCCCUCUAUUACUAAUAUGCCAAUACGUAUAUACGUACAGUGCCAUUGUUUAAUCUGUACUUUUGUAUUAUUUGGACGCGUGAUGUUUGUUCCUUAGCCACACACAUUGUGAAAUAGUUAAUUGAGAUUUUGUGAUGUUAAUAGUUUCUGUAGGUGAUCCUUAGCUGCGUUGUUGAAACCCUAUAUAAAUUACGAGGUUAGUGUAAGUACAUUUUUACUAAGCAGUCUCUUAUAGACUACCUCGCACGUUGCUCGUGGCAAACAGACAUAAACAAUCGUGCAAUUUUUUUCGUUAUAUCGAGUAAGUUAGUAUUUGUAUACUUAAUAACGUGAUUAGUAUAUUAUAAAUGCGUGUUUUUGAACAGAAUAAGUAUAACACCUCGGAAAUACAAUGCGGAAGGUGUGAAAAGAAAA